CCAUCUACCAAGUAACCAAUAAUCCAGCUAUACACCAACAUGUCAGGCUAUAGAGUUGCAUUCUUGGGUCCAAAGGGGACCUACACCCACCAGGCUACCAAUCAAGAGUUCCCCACUGACGAUAAAUCGGUUGAGAUCUUCCCUCAGAAAUCGAUUUCUGAAUGCUUUCAAACUUUGAAUGAUAAGAAGGUUGAUUAUGCCAUUAUCCCGUUUGAAAACUCCACAAACGGACAGGUUGUAUACACGUACGAUCUUCUUCGGGACUGGUUCAGUAAGGAGUGUUCAUUUAGAAUCGUUGCUGAACAAUUUGUAGCGAUUCAUCAUUGUGUUUUAACCCGGGCUAAGUCGUGGACCGACGUUAAGCGGGUGUAUUCCCACCCGCAGGUUUGGGGCCAGGUGACCGAGUUUGCAGGCGAGCAUUUGGUGGGCCAUGACAUUCAACGAGAAGAUGUCUCUUCCACUUCUAGGGCCGCUGAGUUGGUGUAUGAAGACAAGACAAACACCACCGCAUGUAUAUCAUCCAGCAUGAGUGCAGACAUAUAUAAUCUCCCAACGAUGUUUGCUAAUAUUGAGGACAUAGCCAACAAUACCACAAGGUUCUUGGUGUUGGGAUAUGACGCUCCUCCAAGUGCUUCCGAUAAGGACAAGGAAAAUGAAAACGCAUCGUAUGUGACCUCGAUGCUCUUCACUUUGAAUCAUGACGAUUCAGGGGCUCUUUGUACUGCCUUGGACAUCCUUCGCAAGCAUGACGUCAAUUUGACAUCCAUCAAUUCAAGACCUUCACAUUUGAAACAAUGGCAAUAUGUCUUCUUUGCUGAAGUCCAUGGCAAUUUGUACAAGGAUGAGAACGUCAAGGAGGGGCUCAAGGAGUUGGCCGACAAGUGUCAAUUGACGAUAUUGGGGUCUUUUAAACGUAAUUGGAGAUAUUAUAAAUAG